AUGGACCGGCACGUCCAGGCGUUCCUCAACAAGCUCUCCGUCGCCUCCGUCGCCGUCGCCACCUUCACCCUCCUCCUCCUAUUCCUCCGCACCCCACAGACCUGCCUCCCCCCCGCCGCCGCCGCCGCCGCCCGCCACCGCUUCCCCAGGUCCUCCUGCGACUCCGCCCGCCGCGAGUUCCUCCCCCUCGACAAGAAGAACCGGCGCCUCUGGUCCUCCCGCGCCUUCCGCGGCCAGGUCCUCUCCUACCGGCGCUUCUUCGACUCGAUCCGCGAUCUGGGCCUCCUCCGCAACCACUCCAAGGUCCUCUGCGUCUCCGCCGGGGCCGGCCACGAGGUCGCGGCGCUGUCCGAGUCGGGCGUUGCCGACGUCACCGGGGUCGAAUUGAUCGACUCGCCGCCCCUGGUAAGCCGCGCUGAUCCGCACAAUCUGCCCUUCUUCGAUGGGGUCUUCGAUUUGGCGUUCAGCGGGCAUCUGGAGGAGGCCCUGUUCCCGUCGCGGUUCGGGGCGGAGAUGGAGAGGACGGUGAGGGUCGGCGGGGCUUGUGUGGUGGUCGUGGAGGAGUGCGGUGACGCGGAGGUGGAGGAGAUUGUGGGUUUGUUUAGGAAGUCGAGAUUUUUGGGUGCUGUUAAUGUUACUUUGAUUGGAUUGAAGAUGACUAGAAUCAUAAUGAGAGUUAAAGCUGCUUCCUGA